AUGCGCAGUUCCAUCCCAGGCCUGGGCAGGGUGAUGGUGUUGCUGGCAGCAGCCCUGGCGUCAGCCUCCCUUGCCGUCCCCGAGGGCUGGGGAGAGGAAGGUGUGCAGUACGGACAGGUCGGGACAGACGUGACCCUGUCGUGCACCGGUGUCCACGCUGGCUCACCGGUGCAAUGGAGACGGGCGGCCAGUGGUGCCCGCACCUUUGGCAGGGGCUUGCCAGGAGGGGACUUUGUGAUGACACAGGGGUCCCUGUGUGCCUGGGCUGCAGGAGGGAGGACCCUCUGGCUGACUGUCACUUCCCCUCGGACCCCAGACCUGCCAGGGGUCCCCUUUGUGUCCUGCAGAGCAUCUGACUAUGAGAACUUCUCCUGCUCCUGGACCUCCAGCGUGGAGACCUUCCUCCCCACCAGAUACGUCACCACCUACAGGAAGAAAUCGCUGACGGGCGAAGAGAAGCGCAGGAACAAGAACGGACACAUGGGGCCGUGCCUGCAGGAUCUGUCCCGGCCUGGCACCUGCACCGUCCAUGGGUCGGAGUUCUGGAGCUCCUACCGCCUGAACAUCACCGAAGUGAACCCGCUGGGAUCCAGCUUCCGCCUCCUUGACGUCACCAUGCAGGCCAUCAUUAAGCCGGACCCUCCAGAGGGCUUGGUGGUGGAGCCUAUCCCCUUGGCCCCACGGCGGCUCCACGUGAGCUGGAAGUACCCUUCCUCCUGGCCCAAGGAGCCACACUUCCAGCUCAGGUUUCGGCUCCAGUACCGGCCCGUCAUCCACCGCUCCUGGUCCGUGGUGGAGACAGUGAACCUCUCCGAGGUGAUCACAGACGCCUUUGCUGGGCUGGAGCACGUGGUCCAAGUCAGUGCCAAGGAUUUCCUGGAUGCGGGGAACUGGAGCGAGUGGAGUGCCGAGGCUCGAGCGACGCCAGUCAGAGACCCAGUCACCGCAGCAAGUGGAGAAACCACUACAGACGCCAGCCUGGAGAGCCUGGCUGAGGAGCCCUCCCAGGCUCCCAACCCUGAGCCCAUCAACCACAGUGACCCCCUGGAGAAGGUGGCUGUCCUAGUAUCCCUGGGGAUCUUUGCCUUCUUUGUCCUGGCUGCUGUUCUCGUCAUCAUUGUCCUCAUCUGUACACCCCACUGGCUGCGGUACUGCCCAGUCUGCCUGAGGUCCUUCUGA